CCCUCCACUUGACCACAGUCUCCAAGUAUGGCGUCUACUGUCAGUCGAUUCAGCCGCUUCUUUCUGAAGAAAAACAGUGGGUUUGGAGCCCAAAGAAAUGGGGGAACAACGACAGUAAUGGCGUCUCGGAAUCUUUCUUCCACGUCAGGUGGCAUUUUACCAAAACCGGAGAAGGUUCCCUUUGGUUUGAUACGCAUGACGGCAGUGGUUCUGCCGUUUCUCUAUGUGGGUACUUUGAUAAGCAAGAAUUUCGCUGCUCUGCUGGAAGAACACGAUAUAUUUGUUCCUUCAGAUGAUGACGACGACGACUAAAGUGGUUUAUUCUCAUCAUGGCUCUUGCUGAAAACCAAAGGCAAGGGAUGGAUGACACCAUGAGCAAAGCCAUAGUACCUGAUGUUUGCUGUUUGCAUUCUUCCAUUACUCCGUUCGCAGAACCGCACAAAACUGUUUACAUUUGAAAUAGAGUGUGUAAUGUGAGGUAGCUGUCGCCUCCUCGCUCCUGUUUGCAUGUUCAUCUCUACACUAAACAAAGGACAUAGAGGGGUUUCUAAAUCAUAACUUUAUUGUUUCCUAUUAAAUAAGAUGACUAUAUGUCUCUGAGUCCAUUCUGUUUUCAAAAUAAAAUUCCUUCAUCUGA